AUGAAUAUUUUUAACAAAUCACGUUACUUACCGGACAAUCAGAUCAGACCUGUCUUGUUCAGUGUUAACAGAUCAAAGUUUCCAAUUCGAGAAAAGUCGAACAAACGCAACAUGAGAUUCUUGUUAACCAAAAGGGCAAUCAAAAUCCUCACCCCACGUUUUCAGAGACCGUGCUUGACCCAUUCCUCCUUCACAUCGACAUCGUAUUCCGGCGGAUUUUCCGACGAUUCCGAGCCGGAAUCAUGGAGAUCGAUGGAGGGACAUCUCCGAUCCCCUGCAAAUUUCUCACCUUUAUCCCCAAUUACGUUCUUGGAGAGAUCCGCCAAGGUUUACAGAGACCAAACCUCUGUUGUGUUUGCUUCCGUCAAGCACACUUGGUUCCAAACUUAUCAACGUUGUCUCCGUCUCGCCUCUGCUCUUACCCAUCUCGGAAUAUCUCCAGGCGACGUUGUUGCAGCUCUGGCGCCGAAUGUUCCAGCAAUGCAAGAGCUUCAUUUCGCUGUUCCAAUGGCUGGAUUGAUUCUCUGUCCGCUCAACACUAGACUCGAUCCUUCAACAAUGUCGGUUUUGCUCUCACACUCCGAGGCCAAGAUCCUCUUCGUCGAUCACAGCUUACUUGAGCUUGCUCAUAAAGCUCUUGAUCUUCUUGCUAAAUCAGACAGAACAAGAAGGAAAACUCCUACACUUGUCUUGAUCUCUCAGUCUAGUGAUGACGACGAAGAAGAAGAUGAUAGCUCAUCUUCAAGCUACUCUUUUGAUCACGAUUACGAAACUCUGCUUAAAUCCGGAGACAUCGAGUUCGAGGUGAUCAAACCGAGAAACGAAUGGGAUCCAAUAAGUAUAAACUACACUUCAGGGACGACCUCGAGACCUAAAGGCGUAGUGUAUAGCCACAGAGGAGCUUACCUCAACACUCUCGCUACAGUGUUUCUUCACCACAUGUAUGUCUCUCCUGUUUACCUAUGGACAGUACCAAUGUUUCACUGCAACGGAUGGUGUCUCAUUUGGGGAGUAGCUGCACAGGGCGGUACGAAUAUCUGUCUAAGGAAAGUCUCUCCUAAGCUAAUCUUCAAGAACAUUGCAAUGCACAAAGUGACACACAUGGGAGGAGCCCCAACGGUGCUGAACAUGAUUGUGAACUCUCCCGUGUCAGAACGCAAACCGCUUCCUCAUAAGGUCGAGGUUAUGACCGGUGGGUCGCCGCCUCCGCCGCAGAUUUUGGCUAAGAUGGAAAGAUUAGGAUUCAAUGUGUCUCAUCUCUACGGUUUGACAGAGACAUACGGUCCAGGGACACAUUGUGUGUGGAAACCUGAAUGGGAUACUCUUUCUUUGGAGGAGAGAGCUAAGCUUAAGUCUAGACAAGGAGUGCAGCAUUUGGGUCUAGAAGGGCUCGAAGUGAAAGAUCCGGUUACAAUGGAGACUGUACCUAAUGAUGGUGUAACAAUGGGUGAGGUUAUGUUCAGAGGAAACACAGUGAUGAGUGGGUACUUCAAGGACUUGGAUGCAACAAGAAAAGCUUUCGAAGGAGGUUGGUUCCAUAGUGGUGAUCUCGCUGUGAGGCAUCAGGACGGGUACAUUGAGAUAAAAGAUCGGUUAAAAGAUGUGGUUAUCUCCGGAGGAGAGAACAUAAGCACGGUCGAGGUCGAGCGUGUUUUGUGCAGCCACGAGGCGGUUCUUGAAGCCGCGGUUGUGGCGAGACCGGAUGAUCAUUGGGGACAGACUCCUUGUGGGUUUGUGAAGAUGAAAGAAGGGUUCGAUGGUGUUAAACCGGAGGAGAUUAUCGAGUUCUGUAGAGAUCAUUUGCCUCAUUACAUGGCUCCAAAGACUAUAGUUUUCGUGGACUUACCUAAAACCUCGACAGGGAAAGUACAGAAGUAUCUGCUGAGGAAGAGAGCCAAUGAAAUGGGAAGCUUGUGA